ACUAUCAGGCACAUCCGGCCCUGCUCAAUCCCCCGCAGUCCCUGCCCACCACGCAGUGCCUCUGUCCGCCAGGACCUCCAGGAAAACCGGGAAAACGCGGUGCGAAGGGGGAUCCUGGUGAAUCUGGACCAAUGGGCCUUCCAGGGGCUCCUGGUAGGAAUGGGUUCCCUGGUCCGCGUGGAAAUCCUGGGUUGCCUGGAAAGUCUGGAGAUUUUCUGCAAGGAAUUCAGGCCGAUGACCCGAAGUUCCUCAAUACGAUGCAGCUGUUGAGAGGGCCCCCUGGACCUCGGGGUUCCAAAGGCGACCGUGGUUUCCCUGGACCAAUCGGUAUGGACGGACCCAACGGCCCUAAGGGUGAUAUUGGGCCAAAAGGUGAUAAAGGUGAUCCGGGAGAUUCCGGCGGUGAAGCCUAUUACGGCAGCAAGGGUGGAAAACCACGUUCAGUGUCACAACUAAUGAAUGAUCCCACUGACACACGAAGAGCUAUUUUAAAGGAUCUCGAGGAUUUUAACGUGCCUUCUGAACUACUAGCCAAGCUGAAAGGAGAAAAAGGAGAACCAGGACAUGCGGGACCAGCAGGACCACCGGGUCCAGUUGGCCUUCACGGUUACGAUGGCCAGCCGGGUCGAGCCGGGCCGCCUGGCUCCAAAGGGGAAGCGGGACCGCGUGGCUUCCCUGGACCACAGGGAGAGCCGGGUGAACGUGGUUUGCGUGGUCUGAUGGGACCACCCGGUGUAGGCAGUCCAGGACGCGAUGGUGGUCCUGGUCAUCCUGGUGCUAAAGGUGAUAAGGGCGAUAAAGGAGAAUACGGCGACCGGUAUGGUCUGCAUUAUGAAAGCAAUGGUCUGGUGACUUCUGGGCCCCUACCACCCAUACCCUCCGGAAAUGGAGUAAUGGGACCACCGGGCCCCCCUGGUCCACCAGGAGAGCCGGGAUCCGCUGGAACUAAGGGUGAAAAAGGCGACCUGGGAAAACGCGGCAAAAAGGGCAUUGGGUUUCCCGGACCACCCGGGCGUCCUGGUCCCAUUGGUCCACCCGGCCUGCGCGGACUGUCUGGUCCAUCUGGUGAUAAGGGAGAACUUGGGUUGCCAGGUACCCAGGGCUCAAAAGGCGACAGGGGAGACAAAGGUGACCCGGGUCUACACGGUACCCGUGGUCCACCCGGUCCGUUAGGCGAUAAAGGUCACAAAGGCGAUGUGGGACCUAUGGGAGCUCCUGGUUUUAUUGGCCCACCGGGCAUGCCUGGACCACCCGGUGCUCCUGGAACUAAUGUCGAAAUAAUGUCAGGCGUUGAUUCGCGAGCGACAGGCCGGCCACUAGGUCUUGGGGGUAUGGGCCCACCGGGUCCCCCGGGACCGCCCGGUCCACCGGGUUUCAAGGGUGAACCGGGACGAGACGGUGGCAAAGGUGAAUUCGGUGAGCGUGGCGAGAAGGGACUUCUUGGGCCAAUGGGUCUACCAGGACCGAUGGGACUUCCGGGUAUUGAAGGGAAGCCGGGUCGCGAUGGUAUUCCGGGGCUUUUGGGUCCGCCAGGCAUGGAUGGACAAAGAGGUGCACCAGGAGAAAGCGGUCCUAAAGGUGACAGAGGAGACGUAUGCCAAAAUGGUAUUGACGGAGUCCCCGGUAUGCCUGGCGCUAAAGGGGAUAGAGGUGACAAAGGAAAACGCGGUGCCCGCGGUGCUAAGGGCGAUAAAGGAGAACCUGGUAUACCCGGACUGGAUGCGCCCUGUCCUGUGGGGCCGGAUGGACUUCCCGUCCCGGGCUGCGGAUGGCGCAAUCAGCAAUCCAUAUCAGGCACUUAAGCGGUGCGCUGAACGGUGGUUGUGCCGGUUGCAUUUUGGAGCGACUCUUGAGUCUUGGCCCCCGCAAUCUUGUGAUGCCUUCGGCUGGCCGCAUUUUCUACGAGCGACCAAAGUUGUCUUUUUUCACUGCAGCAGAGUU